AGACCGGCUUCAUUCCGCGCAGGACGGAACCGAGUCCAGUUGGUUCGGAUCGGUUCUUUUGGGCAAAGUGAAGCCAGCUGACCGCAGGGAGCAGCUGCUGGAGUCUUUGGACCAAAACCUGCUGGUUCGGUUCGGAUCGAACUUUCUGUCCGUUUGUUUCUAAUUUUAACCGUUUUAACGGUUUGUGAGCCGAACCUGAACGGAUCCACCUGAGCGUCCAGAUUACCAUCAUAAUGGCAUCCAGAACCAAAUGGGAGGCAGUGAAGGAGCAUCUAACCAGGAGCCCCGGCGACGAUCCAGACGGUGCGCUGGAGGCCAACCUGGAGAACGCCAACCCGGAACUGUGUAUCCUCCUGCUGCAGGUCCCUACGGUGGUCAACUACUCUGGGUUAAGGCGCCGUCUAGAGAGCAGUGACGGCUCCUGGAUGGUCCAGUUCCUGGAGCUGCGUGGUCUGGACCUGCUGAUGGAGGCGCUUGAGCGGCUGUCGGGACGCGGAUGCACUCGCAUGGCUGACGCCCUGCUGCAGCUCACCUGUGUUUCCUGUGUCCGCGCCGUCAUGAACUCGUCUGCAGGUCUGAACUUCAUCCUAGACAACGAGGGCUACAUCCGGACCCUGGCCCUGG